ACACCGAACCCCAACACCAACACCAGAUAGACGAUGGGCACCAUACUCAUCGCCAUGUCUUUUCUGCUGGUGUUCUCAGCGGCUGCGCCGCAAGCAUCAGCCGCAGCCGCCGGAGGGAUAUUGCAGAUUCCUUCUAGUGACUCCUUGGCUCACUGCAUCCCAAGGUGCGGGGACGUCGAUAUCUUCUAUCCCUUCGGUAUAGGGCCCGGCUGCUUCCGUCAAGGUUUCGAUCUCACCUGCAACCACUCCACCAAGCAUCCCAAGCUCUUUUUAGGCAGCAGCACUGUCCCGGUUACUGACAUGUACUACGACUAUGCUUCUACCCCUAUAAACAUCAAGCUUGCAACAAGGCCAGGUACAGAUACCUACAACAUGUCAUGGGAGGCCCCUUCUAAAGGUAUUACUAUCAGCAGUGAUAAUACUUUGUACGUAGUUGGUUGUGAUUUUGACUUCACCUUGUUCGAGCAUGGUACGGGAGACUUGGUUAGUUCUCGUAUGAGUAGAUGCGCCGGCGAGAAGGCAGCAACUGGAGGAUUUUGUAAUGGGAUAGGUUGCUGCCUCAUCCCGUUACCAAGGGACCUGCAAGGCUUUCAGGCAGAACUUGUCAGCACUAAUAUAACUGCAACCCAAUCAGAUUGGUUGCACCCUGGUAUCAUGGCUGUCGUGUCACGGGCUGAUUAUUACAUGUAUAAUACAACCAAUAUUUUCUCAAGUUGGACAGAUGCAAGCAAUAUAGAUGAUGCGAUGCUUAGUGUUACCAUCAUGGACCAACCAAGCUGUCAAAGUCCACAAAUGAACAAUGCAAGCUAUGCCUGUAGCAACGAUAGCAGUUGCCAAAAUUCCUCAUCUGGUCGUGGUUACGGGUGUUACUGCUCUCCUUAUGAACAAGGCAACCCUUACAUUUUAGAUGGAUGCCUGGAAGCGGAUUAUAACCCCAAGCCCAAAGAACACUGUCCCCCAUCAUGUGGACGCAUUACUGUUCCCUUCCCCUUUGGGCUCGAAGAAGGGUGUUUCGCAAAUGAAGAAUUGCAUCUUAAUUGUACAUCUGGUAAUCUCACAGAUUUCGUCUCAGAAGAUACACAAUAUCAUGUGACUGAUGUAUCCGUGGAAGAUGGGACUCUGACUGUUAGCAACAGGGUGAACAGCAGUAAUGACAAUAAUGGAUAUGUAUUGGAGGCCCCUAUGCAAAAUCGAUUAGAUUUCUCUAUGAAAUACGACAUUGUUAUAAAGUGGGUGAUUUCCAAUUUAACUUGUCAAACAGCUAUGCGAAAGGAUACUAUGUAUGCAUGCCGCAGUUCCAACAGCUAUUGCCUAAAUGUCACUGACGGGGAAAUAUUUAUGGGAUACCGUUGCAAGUGUUCGUCAGGCUUUCAAGGAAAUCCAUACGUCAAGGAUGGCUGCACAGACAUCGAUGAAUGUGGACUAUCAAACUAUUGCAAUGGGACAUGUCAAAAUUUUCCCGGAGGCUACAACUGCACGAGUUGCCUUCAUGGAAAAGAGUUUGAUCCCAUAAAAAGGCAGUGUGUUACAUCAACAAAGGAACACAAUCUUCUUUUGGGCAUCACAAUUGGAACUGGAUGUGGCCUUGGCUCCAUAAUUAUUGCAGUUUGUGUAUUUGUAUUCGCCAACAAGUGGAAGAAAGGCAUCCAGAAGAGAAUCCGACGAGCACACUUCAAGAAAAAUCAAGGCCUACUCUUGGAGCAGCUGAUCUCAGAUGAAAGCGCCACAAACAAAACAAAGAUAUUCUCCUUGGAGGAACUAGAGAAGGCAACCAACAACUUCGAUGCCACUCGUGUUCUUGGUCGUGGUGGACAUGGGACAGUUUAUAAAGGGAUCCUAUCUGACCAACGGGUGGUGGCUAUUAAAAAAUCCAAAAUUGUGGAGCAAACUGAGAUAGACCAGUUUAUCAAUGAGGUUGCUAUCUUGUCUCAAAUCAUUCACCGCAAUGUCGUCAAGCUAUUUGGUUGUUGCCUUGAAUCUGAGGUGCCUUUGCUGGUUUACGAGUUCAUAUCUAAUGGUACACUACACGACCUUCUUCAUAUUGAUGUUAGUCUCGAAUGCUUGUUGUCUUGGGAUGAUCGCAUUAGGAUUGCAGUAGAAGCAGCAGGGGCACUUGCUUAUCUACACUCAGCUGCUGCAAUACCAAUUUUCCAUAGAGACGUGAAAUCUUCUAACAUACUGUUGGAUAGCAGCUUCGCUACAAAGGUUUCCGACUUUGGUGCUUCAAGGUCUCUCUCACUCGAUGAGACUCAUGUGGUUACUAUUGUCCAAGGAACAUUUGGUUACCUAGAUCCAAAGCUAACUGAAAAGAGUGAUGUGUAUAGUUUUGGAGUAAUACUUGUUGAACUUCUGAUAAGAAAAAAGCCAUUUUUUAUCAAUGAUCUUGGUGCAAAACAAAACGUGUCCCAUUAUUUCGUGGAAGGAUUGCAAGAGGGAGCUAUCAUGGAAAUAAUGGAUCCUCAGGUUGUCAAAGAGGCAAACCGAGAAGAGAUUGAUGAUAUUUGCUCACUUGCAGAAGCAUGCUUGAGACUCAAAGGAAGAGACAGACCUACUAUGAAAGAAGUAGAUAUGAGGUUGCAAUUCCUGACAACAAAAAGGCUAAGAAAAUGCAAAAUUCUCCCAGCUAAAGAUGAAGAGAUUGAGCCUUUUUUAUGCCCACAGGUUGGUAAUUCCGAUGCACCAAUGAAUGUUGUCAAUGCUGGCAAUUCAACAUCAAAAGGCAUCUCUAGUUGCUACAGUCUAGAGCAAGAACUUCCAUCCUCGGUCACUUUGCCACGCUAAGUAUAUAUGCGCAACAGCAAAUCAUGUCGUUCGUAGUAUUCAUUUGAAUUACCAUUUAUUUUCUACGGACUCAUAUUAUGUUACAUAGUUCACUUGA